UUUCAUGCAGUUUGAAAUCUCGGAAAUAUUUGAGUGCAAACAAUAAUUGUUAUGCCCAAAUCGCAGAAGAAGAAAGGCAGGAGCCGGCGCCCAGCUGCUGGCGAGGCAACCGGAGCUGGAGAUGGAUCGACACAGAGCCGCGACGAGGACCAGGCAAAGGCUGCGUUCCUAGGUCAAGUCCUGGACGAGACGGACAGGCGUCUGGCAGAGAGAUCCACAGGUUUCCGUGCCCCCAGCAAGGUCUACCUGUAUGCUGGAGUAUGUGCAUUGCUUGUAGCUUAUGUACUGCAACCCGGUGACUUCAAGCCUAACUCUAUACGUCUAGGGUCGCCCGUAGACUGGUCCGGAUCGCUGGAUCCUGCCACGCAUCAGAUCAGCAAUGUCGAGCGCAUCCAUCCCAAACUGCUGCACUCCCCGGAUCAGUUUGUCAUCACCAGCGAAGAUGUGAUGUACUUCGGUACGAUAGAGGGUGCGAUAUGGAAAUGGACCCAGUCUCAACAGCCUGUUGUCAUUGCUCACAUUGGCAAUGAAUCAUGUGUAUACCCUACUCAAGGCACGCAGUGUGGUAGACCACUGAUCAUGACGAUAUCGGAGGAUGAACAGACUCUGUACGUCACCGAUGUGCACUAUGGUCUCUCAGCCAUCAGCUUACCUGCUGGGCACGUCACAAGACUGCUGUCCGUGGGGCAGCUUGUCCAAGAGGGUGAACCGCGCAUCACGCUGCUGAAGGGUGUAUAUCGUGUCGGCGACCAUCUCUACCUCGGUGAGCCCUGGACAGAGUGGGACUGUGAUGGGAACAUUGCUGCGUCGUUCUCAGCUCACGAUGAUGGGCGUAUUCUCCAGUACAACACGAAAACUGACAAGGUGCGGGUCUUUGCUAAAGGCCUUUACUUUCCAAGUGGCCUCAGCCAGACCAGGGACGGACGGUACCUGAUCGUCACGGAAUUGACGCGUGCACGGCUCGUGUGGCUGAACCUAGCAACAGGCAAGGUGGUGAAGACCAGUGGCCCAAUGCCCGGUCUACCAGACGUGAUCACAGCCCAUCCUGGUCAUGGCGGAGGGCAUCUGGUCAGCAUUGAAGUGGUGCGCAACGCCAUGGUGGACUACAUGGCGGAGAACAAGUGGUUUAAGCGCGUGCUCUACAAGCUGCUCCCCAAGUCUGUGCUGCUCCGCUUCCAGGAUGAUUACAAUCUGUGCGUUCAUAUCACCGACACAUCAACAGCUGCACACCAAGAUGAGUCAUCCAACCAGGGCGAUGACGUCAUCGAUGAGUCACCCGACCUGGGCGGUGACAUCGUCGACAGCUGGCACGCGUCGCGCGGUCGUGUGGUGUCGGCUGUGCUGCAGUGUCGUGUGCACGGUGAUUACAUGUACUUCACGUCGCGCAAACCUGACAGUGCUCUGUCUCGCGUCAAGCUGCGCCACAGCCACGUCAAGAGGAAACCCGGCAAGUGAGGCGAGUCCGUCGGGCCGCCGAAGACCGACCAGGCUAGAAUUUCAUCAAGCAUAGCAUACAGCGUACAUGGUGACUGUGCAUGGACUGUGUUGAGAUUCUAAUGGGUGAGGCUCGCAGACACAACAGACAACGGGUUGGUGGAACGACAUUUUUUAUUGUAAAUUUGUAGUACAUGAAGAUAGAAAUGGUCUAGGCUAGGAGCAUGACACCCAGUUCUUUCGCGACCAGCCGUUCUGUAGCACACACACCGGAUUGGAACAAGACAUGCUCUGAAAUCAAGCCUGCCACCUGGCUUCCUCCGGGGAGAAAACUUCUAAAGCUAUGAAUAGAAUGCAAGCUGCAGACUUCACCACGCAACGUGCAACUAUCACCACGCAAAGUGCAACUUUCUUGUUCGAAAUGACUGAAUGUGUAUCAUUCAGAAUAGAUUUUCUGUUCCAUUCUUCAUCAUCAUCAUCAUCAUUCAUCAGAUAUCUUCUCGCAGAUUGUUAGAGAAAGCUAUUUUCAUCUUUCCACGUCCGUGCUGCUGCUACUGUUGUCGCUGGCGAUGCUUGUACUAUCGUCAUGGUGACCACUAUCCAAUAGAUAUCCAAUAGCCUGCUGGACAGCGAAAAUGCCCUCGUCCGUCUGCGUUAUUGCGUGCGCUGCGUUUUUGUGAUGCUCUGCGUUAAUGUGUACAGCGCUGUGACUUGUGAUGUUCUGUGUUUUGUCUAUCAAGUCUUCAGACGGGCAUGGCAUGUUUCUGCUUACAUUGUUUUCGAGUUUGCUGGUCAGAUCUAUCUUUUAUGAGGUGGUGGUUUAUAUACAGUAGUUACAAUUGUGACACUAGUUCAGUUACUCGACGACACGUUUUUUUUAAACUUUUCAUCACGUGACAUUGUUUUUUGACCUGAGAUCUAAACUAGUUUUCACUCACAGUUCACUGAUUUGCAACUGAAUCAUAGCAGCUCGAUUCUAUGUGUAUGCCUUUUCUUGCUCUUCGUCCUUUCUACACCCAGCCUAUAAUAUUGCAUGUGCGCACCCAGUUUUUUUUAUCAGCUCCUCCGCUGUGCGGACAGCUACUGGCUUGCUGCAGCCCGUUUUGAAGUUUUCUUGUGGCUACUAUUAAAGUGAAUUGCCUACUAUGAAAGCAUUACUAAAAUAAAUUUGUGUAAAAAGCG